GUCUAGUAACAAAUUGACAUAAUUUCAAGUUAUCAUAUUUUUCGUGGCAAUAGUUUUAACUGUAAUAUGUGUCACGUUAUAAUAUAUUAUAUUAUUGGCUAAGUCCAAAAAUCAACAAAUUUCAUAUUCCAUAUUGUAGCUAUAGGUAACAUUAAAAACUAUGUUUACUUCGCUGGUUUUAUAAGCUAUUGAAUCACAACACGUUUUGAUGUCAAACAGUGAACGAAUAUACAUUUUCAGCUUUGUGUGUAAUUUUAUAUUUCGAAAGUAAACAAAAAUAAAUAAGUAAUGGCGACAUUAUUUAAUAUUAAAUGUAACAUAAUGGACCAUGAAAAUGUUAAACAACUGUUUUAUAGUCCAAAGAAAUGUUCGAUUUGCAAAAAAAGAAGUUUUUUUCGACUGAAAAAAAUGGUUAAGUGCAUUGGUAAGUAAAACAAUAUAAGACUAUAAAUUAAAUUAUUACAUUGUAAUUUAUUGUUUAUACAUAUGCAUUAGUAUCGAUACUCUUGAUAAUUUACAAGAUGGAUUUCUUAUUAAAAUAUAAAAUAAUCACUUAACAGCUUGCAAAAGCAUAAUCCAUAAAAAGUGUUGGGUGGCGGAAAGUCGGUCUGUAAACCGAUCGGUAUACGAAGUGGCGGUAACUCACCACAGCGUUUCUACCACUGAUACUGAAACGGUGACGAUACAAUUCAUUCCAUCUUCCGAGAAGGACGUGCCAGAGAAGGACGUGCCGGAAAAGGACAUGCUGGAGAAGGACGUGCUGGAGAAGGCAAUCAACCAAGACGUCCAAUUGCAGGGUAUCACAGCAGUGGUACCAGUCGAGAUCCUUCCUACUUUGACGACGUGGCUCUAUAUGUGGCUGAUGCCGAGGGAGGUCCUGCGGUUUCUAAUCACUUCCUCAUGGGAAAUGGAGUAUAAACAAGAAUCGUUGCUGACCGCAUUCAGAUUCGUGGGUAUAUUUCCGUACGUGGUUAAGGACGCGGUAGCAAAGGCAAGGACGACGUUGAACGGACCCGGCGGUGUGGUAGUGGUCGGUCCUUUCGCGGUGACCCGCCGUCUUAUCUGGACCUGGUCCAUGACCGUCAACGACAAUAUCUCGCAGGUGUGCCUCGAAGUGACCUACGAUCCGGCCAUCGGUCUGGUUGUACGCGUCACAUUCCAGUGCAUCUUCUGGCAGAUGACUCCGGAAAAGAAACCAACAUUAGAGAUGUGGGAAUUGAUCCCAUCAAAUUCAACAGCGGAUUGCACACUAGAGACGUUGUGGGACUGGGUCGAGCCCGAAACCGUUAUCUUAUCAUGGCAAAUGGUGCAGGAAAGCCCGGACCAUGGUACACUCAUUCAAGUGAACGUCCUCGCAAAUCCAUCGUGGACGCGAAUCACCGCAUUUGAUUGCAUUAAAAUUAUAUUGAAGAACAAUAAUAAUUACAAACCGAAGAGUAAAAAACAACACCGAACCGUCGUCAAUAGGUCAAAAGUUGAACAACCUGUCUCUUAUUCUGUAGAAAGCAAGUUAACCAAAUUAGAUUAUUUAAAACUUAGCGAACCAUGGGUAUAUAAAAGAACCAGACGGAAUGAUUGUAAUCGGAUUGUGUAUUCAUUGAUCAUAACCAAUUCAAAAUUCCAAGGCCUCAUUAUUUAAUUUUUUAGUUUUUUUUUUUUUUUUUUGAUCUCUUUACAUGUUUAUACACUUUAUUGAAUGUUAAUCUAUUAUUUUCGAUUAUAACUCGGUUAUAUUGUUUAAUUGUUCAAAUAAACGAUUUUUUUUUUUUUUUUAUAAAUACAGUAUGUAAAUGCUAAUUGAGAACACUCAAUAUUUUUGUGUUGAGACCAGGGACAGGAACCGAACCGAAAAGAACCGAUUCUGGAACCGGAACCUUUUAAAUAAUAGGAACCGAUACCGGAACCAAACCGGAAUUUUUAAAUUAUAAAAGUUC